CUUUCCGGUGUGGCGGCGUGCUCGGGCCGGCCGCGGCAGCCUCCGCUGCAGUCAUGAGCGUCCCCGCGUUCAUCGACAUCACGGAAGAGGACCAGGCUGCAGAACUUCGAGCUUACCUGAAGUCUAAAGGAGCUGAGAUCUCUGAAGAAAACUCUGAAGGGGGACUUCAUGUUGACUUGGCACAGAUCAUUGAAGUUUGUGAUGUGUGCCUGAAAGAGGAUGACAAAGAUGUUGAGAGUGUCAUGAACAGUGUAGUGUCUUUGCUUCUUAUCCUGGAACCUGACAAACAGGAAGCAUUGAUUGAAAGUCUGUGUGAGAAGUUAGUGAAAUUUCGGGAAGGAGAGCGCCCGUCUCUCAGACUGCAGCUACUGAGCAAUCUCUUCCAUGGCAUGGAUAAGAACACUCCUGUGAGAUACACAGUGUACUGCAGCCUUCUUAAAGUGGCCUCAUCAUGUGGUGCCAUCCAGUACAUUCCAACUGAAUUAGAUCAGGUCCGAAAAUGGAUUUCUGACUGGAAUCUCAGCACAGACAAAAAGCACACUCUUCUAAGACUGCUGUAUGAUGUCCUCGUAGACUGCAAAAAGAGUGAUACUGCAGCAAAAGUAAUGGUGGAACUACUGGGGAGUUACACAGAGGAUAAUGCUUCCCAGGCUAGAGUUGAUGCUCACAGAUGUAUUGUACGAGCAUUGAAAGAUCCAAAUACCUUUCUCUUUGACCAUCUUCUUGCCUUAAAACCAGUCAAAUUUUUGGAGGGUGAACUUAUUCAUGAUCUUUUGACAAUUUUUGUAAGCGCUAAACUAGUAUCCUAUGUCAAGUUUUAUCAGAACAACAAAGACUUCAUUGACUCCCUUGGCUUGUUGCAUGAACAGAAUAUGGCAAAAAUGAGGCUACUUACUUUCAUGGGCAUGGCUGUUGAGAAUAAAGAAAUAUCAUUUGACACAAUGCAACAAGAACUUCAGAUUGGAGCUGAUGACGUAGAAGCAUUUGUUAUUGAUGCUGUGAAGACAAAGAUGGUAUACUGCAAAAUAGAUCAGACACAGAGGAAAGUAGUUGUCAGUCACAGCACACAUCGGACUUUUGGAAAGCAGCAGUGGCAGCAACUGUAUGAUACUCUUAACACCUGGAAACAAAAUUUGAAUCAAGUCAAAAACAGUCUCCUCAGUCUCUCAGACACCUAAAGAAAAUAUCACCUAGAAAUGUCUUGCUAUAGAUACAUUUUAUUCAAAAUUUUGACCAUUUGUGAAUGUUUCCAAAAUGUAUACAAUUGGUUUAAAGAAGACAUGCAUUCUAAAUUUCAACAGAAAAGCAAUAAAAUGUGGGAAAAUC